CUUUCGCAACCAUGCUAAAUCGAAUACGACAAUCAACAGCACAAGUUCAUCGCUUCUUCAGCACCUCAUCAUGUCUCCGAGGUCACAUCUCAAACGUCGGACGCGCACCCAUCCCCAUUCCACAAGCAGUAGUCCUCACUCCCUCACCUUCCGAAAUAACCGUGAAAGGACCCCUCGGCACCACCUCAGUCCCUCUCAAACCAUACGUUCAACUCUCCUUCCCACAACCCGAAGUCCUCUCAGUCGGCGUUGAAAACUCAGCAGUGAAGGAGCAAAGACAAAUGUGGGGGACGACGCGUUCGCUCAUCAACAACGCAAUAAUCGGUAUGACGGAGGGUUUUACGGUACCUGUUUACCUUGUUGGCGUAGGAUACCGUGCUGCGUUAGAGGACGACCCGCGUGGAACGACGGAAGGAAAUAGUGGGAAGAGGCUUAAUAUGAAGGUUGGGUAUUCGCAUUCCGUGUUUGUACCGAUUCCUGCGUAUAUAAAGGCUGAGGUACGGUUACCGACGAAAAUCGUGUUGAGCUGUACGGAUAAACAUUUGCUUGGGUUGUUUGCGGCGAAGGUGAGGUCGUGGAGGCCUCCGGAACCAUACAAGGGAAAGGGCAUUUUCGUGGGUGACGAGACGAUUAGAAUAAAGCAGGUCAAGAAGAAAUGAUAGAUCCUCUCGCAAUACGCACUGCUAUAUUCUUUAUUAUGUUAAAUCAUACUCCCAUGGACAAACAUUUGCGAAGCCAUGGAAAUGCUAAUUACGUGGCAAGCUUCAAACCAAUUGUGCAACUCAAAUUUCC